CCAAAGUUUCGCGACUGCAUGUUUGCAGUUUGUCAACAAAGCUACUAUAGGUACUAUAGGUAUUUGGCUUUUCGAACUUAUCUCCUCAGGCCUGUGUUUUAUUUUUCUUCCUCUAUGGAUACGACCAAAUUACGAGUACGGCAUUGCAAUUCUAUUUGUUCAGUUUCUCUUCCUUAGGCAUCUAGUUAGUGGCUUUCCCUGCCAAUUCUCUGAGCAUACUAUGGCUUCGUUGGACGAGGCGAGAUUGGCGGAUAAGGCAGCAAUCGUCAACAUUGAGGAACAGCUUGAAAAAGAUGAACAGGAAGAGUGGGAGUACGAAUACUCAACCACCGAAACAGAGACAUACUACUUGACUGUCGAUCUUUCUUUUCCAGAAUUUAAGGACCGACAGCCAAGGGCGCCUCACCACAGCCGCGGCGGGUAUUACAAAACCUGGCUCGACCACAAUCCUAGUUUGAGAGGUGUUCAUGCUGGGGAUGAUGACGACAAUGACAAUGAGCCACUCCCAGAACGAGAGGCUGAUGACGACGAACCUGAAAUCGAUCCAGCACUAAGCAAUGACAAAUAUAAAGGCAAAGCAGUCGACAGAGGCGAGCCAGAGGACGACACGAGAGACGAUGUGGACAAGACACGUGAUGAGAAUGAAAACAUCCAGAUUCUUGAGCUACAUUCAGAAAAGCCGGUCAUCUCAUACAAAGGACGCACAUUCGAGGGGUCGUGGGCGGAAGUCAUUGGCACCGAAGCUAUCUUUACGGCACGCGACAGCGACCGCCCCCUCCCUGCUCUGCGCCAUCUAGAUGGAAAUAUUGAUUUUCUCGGCGCAUGUGCGUCAAGAAUCGCCACUAAAGAGACUGUUGUCAAGCCAAAAAUGAUCAGGGAGGACCCAUUAGCCGCUAUCAGGGAGGAAUGGAACAUUCGAAUUCCUGUUGGAAAAGACAGGUCGGGAGAAAGAGCUGAACAGACACGGUUCCUAGAAAACUUGAUGGCGAUCAAGAAGAGGAACAAGGAGAAGGAUCAGGUCACCGUAUGGGCUAAAGACGGCGAGGGUCAGGACUUCAAAGACAACCGAGAUCCUGACUACAAACCCAGGCGAAGAAGAAGAUUGCUCAAUGAGGAUGGAGAGGAAGUCAUUCCAAAACGUGAGAGACGACGUGCAAGUGGGCGCAGGGGUGGCCGUCCCAGACUUCGACCCGGGGUUGUUCGUGGACGGGGCUCAACGGCCCCAACUCGAUCGGCAACUAGAGAUCUGGAAAGUACUGUGCAUGAAGGGAAUAUGUCAACUCCUACUCCAAGCAGAUGGAAUGAACUGCAUGGAAGAGCCGAUGAAUACAUGGACCAUUCUGACGAUGAGGAUGACACGGACGAAGAAGAUGAAGAAGAUGACGACGAGGACAUGACAAUGGCAGAUUGAAUGACGGCAAUAGAAGCAUCGAGUUGACAUUUAGCGCAUGAGAUUAUGAUACCCGUGGAGAAUUUUCACCAAGAUAAUAAUAAUAAGGCUUCAUAUACCCUGCA